AUGAAGGUCAAUUUCUGUUUGAUUGCUUCGCUUUUGAUUCUCACUUUGGUGAUUUCGUCAUACGUCGUUUUAGCUCAACCACACAAUUCCAAAGAAGAAACAAUAGCAGAAGAAAUGAUUCACAUUCGAAAGAUAAUGAAGAUCGGAGCACCUCGUAGUAAGUCACCACCCGAUCGCCAAUGGGGUGAGCGUGACUCGCCACCAGCCGCAGGUCCAAAUACACUGUAAGGCGAUGGCAACACGAUUUAUGGCUACACAUCGUAUAAAUAUGUUCACCUUAUUUAGUUUAUGCUUACUCAAAAGAAAACCAAUGACCGGUUCCCAUGUAUUUUGAUUAAAUUUUUUCUUUUUUUUUUGGGAGUUCAUACAAAAUUUUGUCAACGAA